AUGGUUUCGCGACAAGACGACGGCUCUGAGAGUCGCGGUAAUGCGAAACCUUUCUCGGUGUCCCUUUCGGCGACGUCCAAGAAUCCCACAGAGACCAAGACCGCGUUCAGGUCCCAGCUACCAUCUAAAGGCCCAAAGAGUCUGACAGGUCAGGCACAGCGACGCAGGGCCCAGAACCUAUAUGAUGACGCGUCGGACGAGGAAGAGGCGCAACCGAUACACGAAGAGGUGGUGGGCUUUGAUAGCAGCGCCGGCGGAGCAAUCAGCAAAACUUCCACAUCAGAGGCAAAAACCCCCCUUGUCAUCAAGGUCGAAAGCAAGAAUAAUUGGCGUAACAGACCAGGGAUAAACCGCAGAGGCAAAAACCUUCUUCCGCAGGAAGUCCAGGCGACCGGCACAUCUGCUCCGCAGACGGAAGGGCCAAGUAUUUCCUACGGACUCAGCCUUGCGCCCUCGAAAGAUGCUGAUUUGGAGGAUGUCAAGGGUGAUGCGGAUGUUGAUGCUGAUAUGGCUGAUGCUAGUGCUUCAGAACAGCAAGCACGAGAGCCCGUUGGGCAGGAUGAGAUUGCCUUGCAGGCACUCAUCCGUGAGAGUCAAGACGACAAGGAUCGAAAACGAUCGGACUUGGUCAUUGAGUCCUCAAGAGUAGUCGAGGGGCGAUACGACGAGACGAGUUCAUUCCGCGCCGAUGUCGCGACGCGUCCUGACCAGGCGAGUUUAGAAGCCUACAACGCUAUUCCCGUCGAAGAAUUUGGUGCUGCUUUACUUCGAGGGAUGGGCUGGAAGGAGGGACAAGCAAUCGGUCGAGGUAGCUAUGGAAAUUCAAGUACGGCAACCAAGAAGACUGUUCCUGAACGCCGACCGGGCUUUCUGGGUAUUGGGGCAAAAGAUGUUUCUGGUGGCAAGGGAGCAGAGGUCGAGAUCGGAGCUUGGGGGAAAGCUGCCAUGCGGAAAGGGUCGAGGAAGAAUGGGGACAGUAGCGGCAACACAGAAGGUGUCUAUAUGCCUGUCGUUAUGAGGAAUAAAACGACAGGUGAACAUAUGACGGAAGAAGAAUUCAAGACUCUUCAGACAGGAGCAAAAGAAAGUUCGGCUGAUGCACAGUCGAGAGAAAAGCCAGGCCGAGACCGAGACCGGGAUCGAGAACGCAGGCAUCGGCUUGAAAUCGAGGAUGGGUCUGGAAGAGACUACCGUAGUGGGCGCAGUAUGGAUUCAUCAUCACGCAGAGACCGAAGUCGGUCAUCGGGUACUCACGAUCGACGCAGACAUCGAUAUGAGGAUGAUAAAGAAAGUCGACGGUAUCGUGACAGAAGUGAUCGCGAUUACAAGGACAGUCCAAAAGUUGAUUAUACGUCGUCAAGGCGAGAAAAACGAGAUAGGAAUUCUGACCGCGACCGAGAUAGAGGCCGAGACGGAGACCGCGAUCGGUAUCGUCGCGAACACAGAGACAAAGAUACUGGUAGGGACCGAGACAGAGAUAGAUACAAAGAUUCUUCACGGCGUCAUGGAGACCGGUAA